GCUUAUUAUCAAGGGUCAGAAAUGGCGACCCUUUCACGGUAAUCCGCCACUGAAAGCCUCCUGAAAUACCGUGUUUUCCAGGAAUUGAUUGGAUUCAAUGAUGGCGAGCAAACGUCGGCUUGAAAUGACCCCUUCUAGAUGUAACCAGGAUCCAGAUUAUGAGAUCAUCACCAUGCCAACCGCUGCUAAGAGACAGCGAGUUCAGGAAGAAGAUGCUAAGGAUCAGACGGUGCAUCGAAUGCAAGUCGUUAUUAAGAAGCAAUUUAAUCUGGCUCUCAUAGACAAGGAGAAAGAGAUAGAGCUUGUAGAUGAGAGACUUCAGAAGGCUCGUAUCCAACUUGACAAGCUCAGGGCAUGCAUUGUGGCAAGGUAUUAUGGGAAGGCUGGCCUAUCAUCUUCAGCGGGCGAGAAGAGUAAGCAGAAGUUGGACCUGAGUCAUCCUGCUAUUCAACGUGCCCUUGGUGCCCCUUUACAAUCUUCCAGUCCACCUCCUAUUAUACCCUUGAAUGAAGGAGAUACCACUCUCUCACGACCUUCAAGUCACGAAGAUCCUCCUCAUCUACCUGUAGAGAGUGGAAGGUCAACACCUAUUGGUGAGCUCUUGAGUCGCACAGAUGCUUUUUUAGAUUCUGAUAGAGGAAGUCCACUCCUAGGCACCAAAGGUCCAAGGAACUUGGGAGAGGAUACGUUUGGAGUUGGACCUCCUCUUGACAAUCUCAAACCUCCAGUGAGUCAGAUAGAUGCAGGUCAAAGUUCACGAUUACAUGUUAAGAAACGUAUCAUCGUAGGCAAUGUAUCAAAAUAUAUACCCCCUGGUCAUCGUGAAGACAGUGAUCCUUCUACUCAUAAAUGGAUGGUAUAUGUAAGGGGUCCUCCUGAAGAACCAAGGAUCCAUCACUUUGUUGAGAAGGUUUGGUUCUUUCUUCAUCCAAGCUACAGACCAAAUGAUCUUCUAGAAGUCAAAGAACCACCAUUUCAUCUGACGAGGAGAGGAUGGGGGGAAUUCCCCAUCCGUGUUCAGCUUCACUUUAAAGACCCACGCAAUAAGAAGGUUGACAUCAUUCAUCAUCUUAAGUUGGACAGGACAUACACAGGAUUACAGACUCUUGGUGCUGAAACGAUCGUUGAUGUUGAGCUGGAUCGCUACCUCUUCAAUGAAUCGGGUGAUCCCUUAUCUCGACCUUCAACUCCAACAGUUACCAAGGUUAACUACAAGGAAGGAUUAAAACCAGACCUUUCAAGAGUUCCCACUCCGAUUCGCAGCUCUCUUUUACUUUCCAAUGAUGAUGCUAGGAGGCAGAACCUAACAAGCCCAAGUCCAUUACUCCUUGAAACAUUGGCUAAAACUCCUGAUUCUACUCCUGAUGGAUCUCGGCCUGCCUCUAGGAACUCAAGCCUAUCAAGUCCUCUUGUCAAGACAUUAGCUGGAGAGGAUAGCAGUCGAGCCACACCCAUUUCCAUAGACUCUAACUUUGACAAACUCAGGGAAGAAAAUUCAGAUAUGACAUCAUCAUCUGCAUUAUCACUAGGGAAGCUGUCAUCCAAGGUCAAAGCUCAAUCUGGACCUGCUCUACUCAAACCAAUCCGUACCAUGCCACCACUAGGUCCUAUCUCAUCCAAACCCAUUGAGACAAUUAAAUCAACCCAAGUCAGUCCAAUUACUUCUGAGUCUAUACCCUUGGUAUCUUCCUCUCUAAUAUCAGGGAAUGGAGUAGGCAAGGAUACCCAGGUCUCACCUACGCAAACUGGAGCGAUUAAUGUCGGUGACAUUGCCAGAGCUUCACCUGGAAGUAAACAGAUUCGGAUCAGAGAUGGGCAGAUCAUACAGGAUAUGCCAUCAGGAAUCGUCCCUCCUUCGCAAACAAGGACAGAUAAUAAGAAAGUUGUGACUUUGAACCAGCCAGUGCUAGGUUCAAAAACUAAUGGGAAAGUGAUAUCAUCUGCUGGCCCCAGUACAGUAGCCCUUCAAAGGAUCCCAGGAACAAGUCUUUCAGGACGGCCACAAACCAUUGUCAGUUCCUCUAAUCAGUCAAUACAGAAUACUGUUAGUGUAGCAAAGCAACCUGUCAUAGCAUCUCCAGUGGUUGGUAAAGGACAGACUGGAGUGACCUUAGUACAGCAGACACCGUCAUCGGUCAGGGUUCAACAGGGCCAGCAGCCUGGUAUCAUGCCAGUCAUGUCUAAUCCACCAGCUGGUACACAGUAUUAUGUCACUGCUAAAUCAACAGAUAAGAACCUUCAAGGGAAAGUCAUCUUGAUUCCUCAACAAGUGUUCUCUGGUCAAUCAGGAAAAGGGAAUCGAGGAUCCAAUCAAGGUCAAUCAACCAAGCAAGGUUCAGGAUCGUUCCUUUCACCAAGCAAUGUUCUUAUCCUUCCUCAAGGUUCCAUCGUUCCACCACUUCCACCAGGAAGUAUUGUUCAAAUCCAACCUGUUCCUAAUCCAUCUUCCCGUCCAUCUCCUCCACUUCCUCAACCUAACACCACCAACCAGCCAAUGACUCGUAUCGCCCUCACCCAGAAAUCGGGUGCAUCUACCAUCAUUUCCCCCAAACCAGCCACACAACGAGUUGGGUCAGGUGGAGGUGUCAUCCAGAUACAACGUUCCGCUGGUCAGACGUUAGCCAAGCUUGUACCUGCAGCUCUUGGAACCUCUACAAGCCAACAGGUAUCUUCCAGUAUUUCACUUAUCCCUGAAAUGAAAGGACAACUUGCCAGAACUCCUGCAGGCGGUGUUGUCCUGGUGCAACGCACACCUGCAUCAAAGAGCACCAAUAUCCAAGCAAUUUCAGGUAUUCAAAAUGUCAUGUCUGGUCCUAUCUCUCAGAAGAUUGCCCUUAAUCCUAUUCCAAUGGCUGGUUUGUCGCAACAGAAAGUUUCUUUGCCUAUCAAGGGGGGUGCAUCAGUGCUUCUCUCACAAGCUUCAAAAGCAGUGUCCUCAAAAACAGUUGUGCUUCAAUCACAGCCACCAUCAUCAAUGACAAACUCUACUAAAACAAUACAAGUAAGAACAGGACAACCAACUGUCAAAACAAUUACCAAGUUUGUACCACCUCUUGAUGAUGUUAAAGGUCAUAUAUCAAAAGUGUCAGAUAAAUUAUUGACAGGAAACACGAUAAGAGAGGUUGGUGGAGAUGGUUUAUUAAAGGAUGAUACUCCAUGCGGUACCUCUAUCCCCAACAACGCUUCAAAUGGCAGUAGACUGUCAAAUAAUUCCUUGAACUCUGUAAGUGCGAAAAGGUCAGUUCUGAUUGAAGCUGACAAAGCCAUCAAUGAUGAUAGUAUUGUAGAAGCUACCUCAAGUAAAUCUGCAUUGUCAACUGAGGGAGAAGUGCAAAGUCUUGAAUCUAUGCAAGUAAACGCAUCUGAAAUUUGCAGCGAUGUUGAAGUUACUAACAAUGUAAUCAUUCAAUCUGAUAUUAGUGCUCCAAAAGAUAAUACUUUACAUGGUUCAUCAAACGUCUGUACCAUAGCAAUCAAGGAGGAACCAAAUGAAGAGACCAUGGAAGUAGAUGUUGAACAAACUUCAGGAAACUUGAAUGGCCACUGCAACAAAACCAAAAGUAUCUUUGUCAAGCAGAAUCCACAGGUUAUGACCAGAACUAAUAACAUAGGAGAGGAAGUGAAGAAGACUAAUGGAACUGUUGUUUGUGACCUUGCUCAAAACAACAAACUAUCCGUCUCAACUCCAAAAACAAACAUUACCAGCAACUGUAUGAUCAAGGUUGUAAACACAAAGCUUCAGAAGCCAUCUUGUUUAGCCAUUGAUGCAUCAAAGACUGGGAACAAAGUACGGGUAAUUAGGAUCAAACAGGAGCCUGGGACGGAUCCAGUGUUAGCUACACUUGCAUCGGCACCUAUCUUAACAGUAGAUGAAAGCAAGGAAGGUAUGAUUGUCAGGAAGGAAGAUGAAGGAGGUGGAUGGGAGAGUAAGGAACUAAGAUUAUGGAAGAGAAUUCUUGAAGAACACUUUGAAGAACAGACUAACCUUUAUGGAGUGACAUCUGUUGAGCAGUUAGUCAAGUAUGUGGCUGAACAGGCUCCUCUUAUAGAUCCUACAAGAGUCCAAAAUGAGUUGCCAUUUUGUGCUACAUCAUUGGAGCACUAUCACUCAUGGACGCUAGCUAAGCGUCGCUCUAUGGAAUGGCAGAGGGCAGUAUACAUACAUGCUAAGGUUAGCCGUCUUAAAUCUCUCAUUGAAUGUCUGCAUUCACUACCAACGUGGAGCAAGAAGAAGAUUGUUUUAUGGUGUAGACAUCAUGGAUUCACUCCCCCAGAACCAGGUUUGAAGAGUAAAGCUCAGAUGUCAAUAUGCAAAUUAUGUGGCAAGACUGAGUGCAAAGGAAGUGAGGAAUAUCAAGAUAAAUAUUCUAGAACUACAGGGUGUCUCAGAAAUCAUCUGAGUAAAACAGGUGUGCUAAAAAAUACAACUUUCAGUGUCCCUGAUGAGCUUGGUGAAAGAUUGAAAGCAAGCCAAUCAAGAGGUAUAAAUGAUGAUGAUGAUAUAGAGAUAGAUAUCAUCAGCUUAGGUGAUCCAUCUAAGAGGUUAAAGGUCAAGACAGAGGGCAUAGAGAAACAGCAGCUGAAGUGCUUCAUGCCACCAAGCGAGGGAGCCCUUUGUGUAAGAGAGGCAGCAGAAAAGAUUGGUGUUCAUUUUAGACCGGUACAAGUUGGGGAGGAUACAUAUUCACCAGUCAUCCAAGAAAUGAUAUAUGCUGCAACAAGACAAUUCCUGGGUGAUCUUGUCAGAACUUCCCUUUCAAAGAGUUUUGGAAACAGUAAAGAACACAGGCUUCCUGAAGAGAUAUUGCCCCUCCAUGUUCAUCAAGCUGUUUCUAGUUUGCCAUCAUGUGACUUCCUCACUAACAAUCAUCUAGGAGUAAUUGCCAGCAGCUCAGAUUGCAAGAAAGAAUGAAAUCCACUAGGAGUGAUUGCAUCAGCUCAGAUUGCAAGAAAGAAUGAAAUCAACUAGGAGUGAUUGCAUCAGCUCAGACUGCAAGAAAGAAUGAAAUCAACUGGGAGUAAUUGCCAGCAGCUCAGAUUGCAAGAAAGAAUGAAAUCAACUGGGAGUGAUUGCAUCAGCUCAGACUGCAAGAAAGAAUGAAAUCCACUAGGAGUGAUUGCAUCAGCUCAGAUUGCAAGAAAGAAUGAAAUCAACUAGGAGUGAUUGCAUCAGCUCAGACUGCAAGAAAGAAUGAAAUCCACUAGGAGUGAUUGCAUCAGCUCAGAUAGUAAGAAAGAAUGAAAUCAAUUAGGAGUGAUUGCAACAGCUCAGAUAGUAAGAAAGAAUGAAAUCAAUUAGGAGUGAUUGCAUCAGCUCAGAAAGAAUGUAACCUAAGAUUGAUAGCAUGUAGCUCAGAUUGUAAGAAAGAAUUCAAUCAACUAGGAAUGAUUGCAUCAGUUGAGAUAGGAAGAAAGAAUGCCAUCAUUGUGGAAUGAUUGUAUUAGCUCAGAUGGAAAGAAAGAGUGCAAUCAUCCAGAAGCGAUUGCAAGCAGCUCAGAUAGUAAGUAAUGAUUGAUGAUGAUUGAUCGAUAAUGAUUAAUUAAUGAGGUAAUGAUUGAAGAAAUGAUUGAUCGAACAAUUAUGUAGGAGUGAUUAAAAUCAGAUUAGAUAGUAAAGAGAAUGGUUGUUUGACACACUUAGAUGACAGUCAUUAAUUGACAAAUGAAAUAGGAGUUAAAGGGAGUACAUCAUGCAAUCAUAAUAACGAUUAGAAAUAAAUCUGAUCAUCUAGACUUACUGUUUGAAACGGAGAGAACAUUUUCAUCUGAUCCGGGACGCUUCUUCAGCUCGUCUGAACUGUUGGGAAAUCGUCAUCCCGCUUGGCGGCAACACACAAUAGAUGUUAUUGUCUUUGAUUUCUUGCCAGUUCAGACGAGCUGAAGAAGUGUCCCAGCUCGGACGUGAAACUGUUCUUUUCAAACAGUAAGUCCAAAUGAUCAGAUUUAUUUCUAAUCGUUAUUCGUCUUUCUUCCGGGAUGAAUCAAAACAUGCAUCAGUUCAGGGGUGGUGGAGCGAGGUUGAAAGUGGGGGGGGGGGGCACAGGGAAAAAAGGCACUGUCUUAAAAAAAAUUACUUAUCUACAGUGGUGUAAUGAGCCAAAUAUUUUGACAGGGCUAGAUAUGGCGUAUCACGUAAAAUUUAUGAGAAGUUGUGAGUGAGUGAAGGAGCGAGCAAAAUUUUUGACAUUUUUAUAACGAAAAUCCAAUUUUGUGAUAGCUUUAGAUGUAAUAUUCAGAAAAUAAUACCAUACGUAUCUCACCCUUCUCUCUCUCUUUUUCUUUCCUUUUCUCUCUUUUUUACUUGGUUGUGAAAAAUAUGGGGGAGGGAAGAGCCCUCCAUCUGCAUGCCACUGCCUGUCUACCCCACUUACAUGACUCAUGAAACUUAAGGCACGUAGGAUUAUUCUUAUAAGUUUUUUCCCUCACACAUGUAAGUUGUAACAUAUAGAAUAGAAAUGACAAUAUUGUUUUCUUGUUUCAAGGGCACUCGUUAAUACAUAAAAAGGGUCCUUCUCAGCUGAAAGGGGCACGUAACAUGUUCGUGAGGAACACUUUUCUUUGGUAAAAAUGGGCACUGAUUCGAGAAAGGGCACCUACAAGAAGGCAAGGGGCCGUUGCUCACACACAAAACGGGUCCUACUCGGGUGAAAGGGGCACAGUACACGUUCGAGAGGGGCAUUUUUUUGUAAAAAUUCACAAUUAUACACAAAACGGAUCCUACUCAGAUGAAAGGGGCACAGUACAUGUUCAUAGGUGGGCACUGUGCCCUUUUGCCUUCCCCCGGCCAGAAUCGCCGCUCUGCAUCAGUUUAUACAAUGGUAUGGCUGAAUAGCUUGCUAAUGAAGAUGAAAUAAAUGCCAAACAUCACAGACUUUAAAUAAAAGACUUAAUGG